AUACAUUAUAGUUUACUAUGAACAAAGAUUUCAUUUAAGAGAUACGAAAAAGCAUCUCAAAUGCGGAGUACUCCGAAUUCUGAAUGGCUUUUUCGGUCUUCGUCAUCAACCAAAGAGGGCAGGGCCCAUAAAAACAAAAACGGAUGCCCCUUUCAUCACCGAGCACUCUCUUCUCGUUUUCUCUCUUCUUCUCUAUUGAAAGCUGAAACAAGUAUUCUGUAUUCUAUAUGAUGAUGCAUCUUGGGAAAUCUUGCAAUAGUAACGGUAACUGUUGCAGUAGUUGUUGUAACGACUUAUUCCCCUUCAGCGCGUUUUCCGCUUCAAUUUCUUGCACCAGCAGUAAGAACAGCAUCAACGAUUUUAGUUGUAGCCUCGAUUCAUAUCCAGCUUCCCUGUUCCCCCUUUCUUCUUUGUGCUCUCAGACUUCAUCCUCCAUCUCCAUAUAUACUCUUCUCCCAUUUACGGUUUCUAUUCUCGUCAAUUCUUACUCUUCAUCAACUUCUUGAGCAAACAGACACCCUGUUGUUCUCCCAAGCCUUACAACUAUUUUUCUUGUUAAAAAAAUAAUCAACAUAGCAUUACAGACUAAUUCCAUUUCUCUUCUCUCGAUUUUCUGUAAAGAUUGAAAGUUGUAGGCAUUUUUGUUGCAAGAAAGAUGUUUGUUUCACUGCCUGGGUUGAUCCAUCGGCCAGUUUUCACGGCUUCUCUGGGAAACUUCACCAGGUCUCAAUCUCUCUCUUUCUCUCUACUUCUUCUUCUUGGCUUUUGAUCAGCGCGGGAGCAAGAAAAACAGUAUUACAGCGGUAAAGUUUGAAAAAUAUACUCCCUACCUGGGUGGAAUAUUCAUAUUUGAAUAUUUUUGUGAACAGAUUAAUAGUAUUGGAUACAUGUAUGAUGUAUACAAAAUCCGGCGCCAGUCUCUCUCCUGCACACCCCUGAUUUUAAUUUCAAGAAUCGUAAUGAGGGGUUGCUGUUGUUCAGGGGAUUAUUUAUUCUACUUGUGUUUUUUUAAUGGUGUUAAGUAAUGGGUUGGGUGAGCAUAUCUGUGGGUAAUUCCAAAUAUCCCAUUUAUUCUUUACAUUCCAGGUAUGGCUAUAAUGGUCGUCUUGGUGGAUUCUGCAUUGGGAAUGAAAAUGGGAAUGAGUUGAAUAAUAAACGAGCUGUUAAGAUACCCAAGAACGGGAGAUUGAAUGUUUCCCCUCAGGCUACUGCCUCUGAUCAUGGUCAAACGCCAAAUUCAUCUACAGUGAAAUGUUAUCAGGAGAUUUUAAGAGAUGCUAGGCACAAGUUCACGCGGGAGAUAUCUUUCGAGUUGAAGGACACAGAUAUAUUACUAGCAAAGGCUUUGCUUUAUGUUGGAGCUGAAGAUGAGUCAUUAAUAGCGUUCAACCGUGAGAAGGAUGCUUUUUACCUCCGAACUGAAAGAAGAGCCUCUGCUAAGUCACCAUCUGAUGCUCGUCCGGCUUGGUCAAAUGUGGAUGGUAUGCCACUAGCUGGAAAAACUAUGGAUGAUUGGUUGCGGGAAUUGGAUGAUAUUGCAAGUGAGGUUGAGCUGGUUUCAAGAGAGAUCGGACAUGAUUCAGUUGAGGUUAUGGGUGCAGUGAACACUGUUCUUUUCAACAUGAGAGGUUUCAGAAGGUCUAAUGUAUUGGCAGAUUCAAAGUGCUCAUACUUGCACUCGGCAUUAUGCUCUGGAUCUUGUAGUGCAAUUAUGCUUAGUGUUAUAUACAUUGAAGUAUGCCGAAGACUCAAUCUGAAAAUUGUGGGAUCUCGAGUUGGUGAAGAUUUUUUAAUAUGGCCCCAAACAACAAACCCUGAGGAGCUAUUCAAAACAACAGCCGGGCACAGCUUGUUUGGUAUUCUCAAUGGGAAGUGUGUGGAGGACCCUCGGUCAAAGGCCUCAGACAUUAAUAGUCAUUCACUUUCAGGGCUUGAGAUUGCAACAAACCGGGAUAUCAUUGGGAUUGCUUUGGCCAAUUUGAUUAGGCUUCACUGGAAACGCGCUUCAAAAGCAUACCAUGGAUUGAUGCUGACUUCUCCACUUGAAUUUAUGUAUAAUGCUGAAAAAAGAAGAAGCAAGAGUGAUGCCCCAAAUUUCCCCGUGUUAAGGCCUCAGGAUUUAAGGUUCAAGAUGCUAAGUUGCAACAUUGGCAUGACAAAGGGAGAAUUAUGAUUUCCGAAGCAUAAUUUUUUUUCUCACGGAUUUAAAAAAGAAAAAAAGAAAAAAAGAAAACAUGCAUCACACUUUUACGUGAUCUUGAAUAAAUAAUUUGCCCUAACUUCUAACUUGUUUGGUUCUAACUUCUAAUAUUGAAACUAAACCUUUUCUCAAUCUGUAUGCUCUAGAACUAUAAAAUUUGAAACUUUAAUCACAUUCUUAUAUUUUAUUAAAAUAAAUUAUCUGAAUUUGUAUAUUUUCGAUGGGCUAAUAUACCCUUCACCAAACAACCACUAGCCCUCCCUCUCAAUGUGGGAGGGGUGGCGUGAGGAAUCAAUAUUUCAUCCUCCCUGAAAGAGUCAUGUUUGUAAUACUAAGAUCAGCAUUCCAAACAUAACUCUUUUUAUUGGACAAUGGAAGUACAUUUCUUGCUUGCUUGUGAAAUAUGUAGUAUAACAUUUGAAGUUAUAUUUUUUGCACAAAUCGGGUGGAAGUGUUUCACGUUUAGAUUUAGUCAUCUGGUUAUAAUGAAUUACAUGGCAAUCAUAUGCGAAUGUUUUAGUUCUCAUAACUUCAUAUUUUCUUGCGCAUGGAGCUUUUCCUGACUUGCAGACGAUAAUUAUUUUGAAUAAAUUGUUUCUUUAGCCCUUCAUCAAUUAUGCAGCAUUGGCAAUUUUAGUCCACCGUUUAACUUGUACUAAAAAACAACUUUCCUUGGUAUAUAAUAUGAAAGAAUGAAACUGUGCGAGUUUGGCUUGCAUUUGAUGAUGCCCAGAGAAAUGUAGUAGUUUGGAAGUUGCUUUGCUUACAAUGGCAUUAAUUUAUAGGCUGGCAAUGAUGGCUUCAGAAAGAUUGAUGAUUCUCCAGCCCCACAAUUGGUCUCUGAGAAGAGACCACGCAAUGAUGUUGUAUUAUACGAGGGAAUAUGAUGCGGCCAUCCGGGAGCUUAGCAUUUGCAUGAUAUUUGCCCCAGAAGAGGAGGUCGAAGCUCUGAUGCCAUUCAUCCAAAAGUUGCACCUUUUGGAGGCUGAAUCAUCCUGGAAUUCGUUGGGGCAUAAGUGGUUGACCAUUCCUUGACUUAAUCAACUGAAUUGCAACUGAAUAUUCCUUCUUGACUUCUUGGCGUGCUUGUUAAGAAUAUAUUGAUACUUGGUUGGCCUUAACCCUGGUCUAGCCGGCAACUGUAAAUUUGUUUUGCUGUUAAAAAGCUAUAUUAUGCUUUCUUCGUUAGAGUUUAAUUGGAGAACAAAGAUCUUGUUGAACUUUCCUAGAAAGUUAAAUCACGCACUGGCUGUACUGCUCCUUGCCUAUGUUUCUUUCUUUCCUUCUUUUUUGUUCUUAAUUGUGAAUACAUGUAUAUAAAGAGCCCUGCUUCUUUUUUCUUUGCUUUUGUAUUAUUUAAAAAGUCUUUAAAAGCUUCUAGGUGUAUGUUUGGC